CGCCCACUUUAUUGCAAUAUAGAACGAUUGUCCCAUUAAUAUUAGUUACCUUAUAUCACGCUUAUUUGGUCAACUCUUACUUCGAAAUACGAUAUUAAUCUGAAAUCACAAUUCAAAGUCGGUAUAUUAAGGCUUAAAUGAACAGUUGUUAGCAUAAAUACAAAUGUAAGUGCAUUUGGAACGGGUAUAUUAUGCAGACAAUUUUAUCCUGAAUAAACAGAAUCAUUAUCGUCCACUCUUUACAAAAGAUCAGUCAAUAAUACACAUUCCUAAUAGAAUAAUUGAAACGUUUAAUAUACCAAGGUCUGGUUUGUUAUCAGAGAACAAAUCAUAUUUACAUAUCGUUUAGCUGUGGUAUUCAUGGUGAUAUUCAUCUCGGUAUUUCCUCCCCCAUUUUUCUAUAUGUCUUGGUUUCUCUCUUUCCUCCCCUCUCUCUCCUCCCUGGCACAUUCACACAACCAGGCACCCUCACACACACACACACACCCUCAACCACCCACACCCAUCCGUCACACCCUCAAACACAGUGGCGUAAUGAGUCCAAAUUUUUAGGGGGCUAGAUUUGGCUGAUGGAACAUAGUUAUAACAAGUUGCAAACAAACGAAGCGAGAGAGCAAAAAGAGGGGGAGAUGGCGUGGGGACACAAAGAGCCGAAGAGAGGGAGAGAGUGAGAGGGGGAGGGGUGGAGGGAGUUAUUUUUUAAGUUUUGUGUUCAAGUUUCAUAUACUUACACCUAUCAUUUAAUAAUACAGAUAAUAAUACUAAAACGCAUAUAUAUGAUAUCAUCGACACAAAAUGAUUAUGCCAUUAGAGUGAGAUGACAAGCUAAAUAUCAAAUAAAAACUGGACGAUAGUAUAUUUUACAUCCCAAAUAGAUGAUAAUGAUGACAUUUAAAUCAAAAUUCGUUCUAUUAGGAGUAAGAAUCAACAAAAUAAUACAACAUAUAUAUAAAAAGAAAACGGAGGUGGUAAUAUAUACCUAUUAAAUUCAGAGCUAUUAAUUCUACAGUGCUAUAAUAAUCUACUUGCAAGAGAGUCCCUGAAAGUUUCAAUAAAAUAAAAGAGAGGAGUGUUCUAUUGGGUGUGUCGAUUUAUUCAUUCCGGUCGUUACGACACAAAAGUCAGAACAGAUAAUCUACAGAGUAAUUGACAUGGUUGACUACCCCAAACCAUUUUUUCCCCGCAGCUCAAACCUACACACACACGGUCUUUACUGAUCGAGUGCAUUCGCUCGUUUGCUUUCUUUAUUCAAAUUCAAUUGUCCCAUUGUAGAAUCUCGUCUAUUGUACAAAAGGGUGAGUCAAUUGUAUUGUUGAGAGAACGGUUGUGAGUGUAUAAUUGUGGGAGUGCGAUCUACGUAAGACAGCCGGUGAAUUUAUGGGGAAAUUGAGGGAAAAUCUCGCGAUGCGCGAGAAAUGAGCUGGUGGUCUACUGUACACAAACAUACACCGUGCAUACAGGAGCGCCGAAUGAAACCGGUGGAUUGGCGUUGGAUUCGUGCUACCGCCACUUGUUGAGGACAUUAUGUGCGUUGUUUCUUCCAAGAUACCAACAAAAAGGUGCAAAUUUUACGUUUGGGAUAUCACUUUUCGACUUACAAUGGGAGGACUAAAUGCAGAGAUGUUCUAAUGCGCAUCUUAAUAUCUAGAAACGACUCAUUCUUCGAGGAAAACGUCACAUGUUGACAUAAUUUCCCCUAUCACUUUCGUGUGUGGUGAUUCUGACAGCUGCCUACAUCAAUCAUGGCGUCAACCAGUAAUCAUUUUUUGACGCUUUUAUUUUCUGCUAUGUGCUUUAUAAGUUGUUCCUCAGGACAGUAUUUCUCUGUGCAGCCACAAGAUACAGAAGUCGUUGUCGGGAGCAAAGUUACGAUGACAUGUCGAGUGUUUAACCGUCCGGAAGGCUCGCUUGUGUAUUGGAUAACGCCGGCUGCUACCAACGACUUCAUAGGACCCGAUUAUGAUGUACCUUCCCGCUAUAUAAAUAAAUACGAGAUCAUUGGUGAUCCAAGAAUCAACGACUAUAAUCUUGUGAUCAAUGAUGUAACGGCUGAAGAUGAUGGAGACUAUAUAUGUCUUUUGUUUCAGCCUGGAAGGGGAGAUCUGAACGUCGCGCCGACGCAGAUUGCCCAGACAAGAGAGGCUUCGUUGACGGUGGCGACGUUGAGCCCGACCGGCGCACCGGCUUGCUGGGCUUCCCCAAGGCGCACUGUCCAUGUCGGGUCAGACAUCACGAUCUAUUGCGCCUCUAUCUUUACCAACAACUCCCUGACGUGGAAUCAAGAUUCGAGUUCGUUGACGUCGUCGUCUAACUCGACAGCGACGAUCCCGACGUUAAUCAUGACGACGUUUACGGCUGAAGCUUCGAUGAACGAGGCACGGUUCACCUGCGCGUCGGAGUCGGACCGCAACAGACAGUGUCAGAUCGUCCUCGAUGUUACCUUCCCUCCCGAAGUCACAAUCGAACCUGUUGGCGAGAUCAGGGCUGGUCAUGAAGGGCGGUUUCGGUGCUCGGCUACGGGAAACCCUAAUGUAUUCGUCUAUUUUUGGAAGUACAAUGAGGAGGUCAUCGAGUACAGAUACCAUCGUCGAUUCAAUAGGGCUAUCCUUGAAGAGAGCAAUACGAUCUUGGCCCUCCCUGAUAUGGAUGAGGACGAUGACGCCGCUCUCCUCGAAUGCACGGCGGUCAACGAACACGGCCAGGGUGUCAGCACUUUCCCCAUCCGCGUGGCCAGCAACAACACCACCUCCGUCAUCGCCUGGAGCCUCUGCGCCAUCAUCGUCGCAAUCAUUCUCGUGCUCCUCAUCAGUUUCUGCUUCUGGAGAUCGAGGCAGCACAGGAAACUGGAGAAGCUCUCCGAGAUUCGUCGAAGCACUCGACCACGCUCUGGUCCCAUCGAGACGGAGAUGAAUGGCAAUGUCAACCCUGCUUUUACUGGAUUCUCUCAUCUUGAAAUAGACUCCGUCGGUUACGGACCGGACGUCCAACCAUACCAGUCGAGGCCCAGUGAGCGGGAUUACGACACGGGCGAACCCAAGCCUAUCCCGGCAAGGCAGGGAAGUAAAAGUGUUGAUACCGACAGCGAUUACAUCGCCAUGGACGUCGACGAGGAAGUGACCCAAACCUACACCUACCAAGUCAAUCCCAAGUUCGAGGAGUACAGAAACAAAGCCAGUUACGACGUCAGCUACGACGACGAAAUCGAUGCCGUGAUCGAAGACAAGAAGCCCCUUCCCCAGAACGAUCUCGACCUGGAGAAGGAGUUGGUUGGCGAGCUCAGCAUGUUCUCUGACUACGAUAAGAACUUCGAUGAGGAUGCGGAACCCGUGGUCGUGAGCACGGAACUAUGAUGGCCCGAAUGUCCAUGCACGCAUGCCUCAAUCAUGAGAACUUAAUGAAUAUUCAUGUCGGCGAUAAAAUAAAUAUUCAUUUAUCAUAAAGGCAUGGAUAUUCAUACCACGAUGGGUAUAACAUAAAUGAAUAUUUCAUAUAUCAAAAUGUGCCUUUCUCCGACAAUCAAUACGUGUUUUUUCGUCUUUCAGCUUUAUCGCUUUUAAUGUGGUAAAAUUUUAUAUCGAUUUAACCAUGGUUACGCUUUUUAAGCUUGGCAAAAAAAAAAUUAUCUUCGCUGCGAUUCGCGAACAUCUUGAAAAUAUUCAUAGAGGAAUUGCCUUCUAGUUUCAUAAAAAUUCAACCUCUUGGUUUAUAUCAUACGGUAUAUAAGUUUUUGAACGAAAUACCAAUGAACAAUACUGUUAGUCGGUAUAUGACAAACACACGUACAACUUGUCUAAAAGAGACCAAACAAGGCAAAGAUAACAAUUUUAGAUAAAUUAGACUAUAAGUAUGAUGUGUAAGAUGUAGUUUUUGUCGAAAUGAAAUAUGAACAAUCAGGUAUAAUGAGGGAGUUUCUAGUGUUUAUUUUUUUAAAUAAUUUUACUCUUUCAGUCUUUCUCCAUUUGCUUUCAAGUUUCCAUUUUCUUAUGAGCUUUAACUCUUUCAUCUUAUCAUUUGGAAUGUUUGAGGUACGUUUUAAAUAUAUAUGAUCAAGGAAAGGCGGAAAUAGGUUGUGGCAUGUGCGUUUUCAUGAUAUUAUGUCUAUUGCAAUGAAUUUUCACAGCAAGGGUAUUCUUUUCAAAACCAUAAUCUGGCUUCUAGCUCAUAAGCUAUUCUUUUAAUCGCACUUGUAGAAUGUGGGGUAAAUGUUUAAAUAUUUUUCUAUCUGUAUUCAAUGUUGCCAAAUGAAUGCAUGUUGUUGCUUUAAUGUUCUUCGUUCACCCAAAAAUGGAGGGAGUGUGGUUUACCUUGCUCUGCAUGUUUGUAUGUAUUCAAUAUCGUGCUAAACCCAAUCUUUUUGUGAGAAUUGAGACUGAAUUAAUCGAAAGAGGGCGUUUUCCAAACUAUUAUCAUGAUGCUGAACUUAAUACCCCUCCCCUACAAAAAAAAUCUGAACAAUUUUAUUUCCAUCAGAUUUUUGUUUUUUCCUAUUUGCAAUAACACUGAAGAUAAACAUGUAUUUUCCUCAAAAUCGAUAUUGAUUAUUGUAAUAUAUAUCACAUGUUGCAGAUAAAAUGAGAGAGGGAUUGCAUUAUAUUUUAUCAUUAGUUAAAUGGUUUUAUGUAAAUUAUGUAAAAGGAAUAAACUUUAGAGAAUGAAGUUGAUAGAUAUAGUUUUAACCAUAGAAUACCUUCGUAUAUAGAUUCAAUUAGUGUAACAAGUAAACUGGGCUUGCAUUUGUAAUUCAGAUUAUCUAGUGCUACUUCCCUAAAUUUUUAUUUUAAAAUAGGCAGAUUAGCUUGUGAUUUUAAAGAUAUUAUUUUUAUUACUUGUUUGUUUCAGAUGAUACAUCAAUUUUCGCAUUUCCAAUUUUAAAAGUAUUUUCAAAUAGUCCUAUUGUCUUAUUUGUGAUAUAUUGACUAGUUAUGUAGCUUAACACAGAAAUGUAUAUUAUGUAUAUAUACAUAUGUUCCUUUGUGUGGAGCUUUGUGUGGAGCUUGGGAAUGUGUUUUUUUUCCUUCAACCAAUUCCUCAUGUUUCGAGAUUAUGCACAAAUUUUAUUAUAAUUGUACGGAAACAGAAUAACAUUCUUCCAAUUGUACUUAAGACAGUCUUUCAAUAUAAUGGUACUAUGUGUAUUUAAAAGCCAAAGGAUGCCGACUUUUUGAGAAAUAUAUUUUACUUGAAACAUUAUAAAUGAAUGUGAAACAGGGUAUUGAUUUAACUUCAUUAAGCAAUUUUACAGCAUCUAAAUUACGAGUCAUCAUCAUGACAUCAGUGUUGUAAAAACAAAUAUAUUGUUUUGCUCUAGCGUUUUAGUCAUUCAUGCGAUUUUACUCCGAUGAGUGCACGUCGAAAAGCUUCAGUAUGUCCGUUUUUAAGGCUUUUUUAUGAAAAAAAAAAUAAAUGGAAUCAUGGCAUAUUCCAUAUUCAACAUCAUACUGUGAUAGAAAUAAUACAAAUACUUCACAUUUUAUGUCAUCCCCCCCUCCCUUCUCAUAUAAAGACAAUGGUAUAUGCACUUCCACGAGAGUUUUUAUCUUUAUUCAUGUUCCAUUUUUUUUCCAAAUGGAUACUAGGCACGUAUGUCUAUCUUUACUAUGGCCCUGUAACAAAGUUUAGCGAUUGAUCGUGGAUAUAUUUUUACCAUUGAUUGCAUUGAUUACUGCACAUGAUAAAUCAUAAAACUCAGCCAAAGAUGUAAUUAUUUAAAGGGAAUAUGCUAACCAAAUACGGAACUGCAUGUAAAUGUGAGGGAAAUAAAGUGUCUUUCAGUCAUUUGAAGCCGACAACAUUGUGGCAUGUUUGUUGCCAUUUUACGUGAAGGAGAAUAAUGACAAAAUAAUUUUGUACAAUUCAACUCAAUUUUUGAAUGAGUGGCCCCUACAGUUUGAUAUGAAAAAAAUAUACUGAUAGAAGGAAAUUUAUUGAAAUAGUUGUGAUAUUGUGUACAUUGGCAUUUGCUUUAGAUAAGUAACAUUUGAUUUGUUCCUUUUUACAGAGAUAUGCUUAAUAAAAUUGUUUUUAUAUCA